AUGUGGGAUUCCGAGAAUUGCAUCCACCGGCGGGCCAAAGAUAUUGAUAAUCCGAUCAAUGACUAGACUACACGUGCUACCGUUUCAGCAAUUUUGUUUGCAACUGGUGUGAGAAUUGCAUAACGCGUCAAGUGAUCCAUCAUGGAAAGCACGUAUUUGCAUCUCACUCCGACUGCUGACAUGAGAGUGAUUUGUACUCGACUGCGUCGACUGACACUCUUUCAAACGGCCGCUGUACAGGUGUCCUGGCAGAUACGAUUUAAACAGUAAACCGUCUUGAAUGGAAUAGUGCGACAUUGAUGUUGCCGUUUCGUUGUCUGGUAGCGGUACUUUGGCGUCUAAAAUGUAUUGGACGUAUUCGCCGUAUUCUUCGGCUUGUUUCUUGCCCAAUUUCUCAUGAUCGACAGAUUCAAAUACUUGCGUGGCGCUGACAAAAUUUGAAUUGACUAUGAAGAAUUCCCUAUCACUAAGGACUGGUUGCACAUUAUCCAAUUUGUCAGUCGAGACUUGGUAUGGUCUGUUUGACAUGUGUAGUUGCAGCUUUAGAUCGUCCGGUACAUUUCGGCAAAUCGGUGCAAGGUUCGGCGCAGUUCGUUCUUGUUCAUUAUCAAACACAAAAAGUCGCGAUAACGUAUCCGGCACUACAUGCAACUUCCCCGGUUUAUGUUUUACCGUGCAAUCGAAGGACUGCAGUGCGAUUGCCCAUAUGGUGAGCAUAUUUGACGUGUUCGCAUAAAGAUAUCGCAAUGCCGCAUGAUCAGUCACACACGCCAAAUGUCUACCCCAGAAAUAAGGACGCCAGUGUUGAAUUGCUAGAACAACAGCAUGACAUUCUUUCAUGGUGGCAGAGUAGAGUUGUUGGCUUUUGUUGAAUCGCUGGCUAAAGCAUGCUACGAUAUUCACGUCAUCGCCAUUCUCUUGUGCCAGGAAUGCUCCUGCUCCCACUUCAGAUGCGUCUACGUGGAUGACAAAAUUCUUAAGAGAAGUCCGGAAAAUGUGAAACGGGAGCAUUUGUGAGUAAUCGUUUCACU